CCAAUGUCAUUUUACUCCUGACCCCCAUCUUCACAUGGUCCGGUCCCGGUUAACGCUAGAGCAAGCCGGAGGUUGGAGGGCACCAACUCCGCAGGAGGGGGAUAGUGAAUAUUGGCGGCUCCCUCCUGUCCUGCCCCUACAGGAGCCGUCCUGUGCUGGCGGCGAGGAGCAAAGUGAAAGGCCCAGGCUUGGCGGCCUACUCUUGGACUGAGCUGCUGCCCUGGUCACACGUGAAACUGCUGGCCGAGCCAUGUUUGCAAUGAGCUGUGCCUGAGUGUGUGGCCAGGCCAUUCUGGCUGCGAUGGUGCUCUUGGGAAGGCUGCUGCCCAACUGAGGGCAAUGUUGCGGUGGGCAGUUCACCUGGAAGGAGGUCCGCGGAGGGUGAACCACGCUGCUGUGGCCGUCGGGCAUAAAGUCUACUCCUUCGGUGGUUAUUGUUCUGGAGAGGACUAUGAGACCCUUCGUCAGAUCGAUGUGCAUGUCUUUAACGCAGUUUCACUUCGCUGGAUGAAACUCCCACCUUUUCGAUCAGAAAGCAGGGACCAUUCUCCUCAGGUACCAUACAUGAGGUAUGGCCACACUGCGGUACUCCUCGAUGACACAAUCUACAUCUGGGGUGGGAGAAAUGACACCGAGGGAGCGUGCAACGUGCUGUAUGCGUUCGAUGUCAAUACCCACAGCUGGUCAACCCCAAAGGUUCAUGGUUCAAUCCCAGGUGCUCGAGAUGGCCACUCUGCCUGUGCUCUGGGCAAGUGCAUGUUCAUCUUUGGAGGAUACGAGCAGCUGGCUGACUGUUUCUCUAAUGAUAUCCAUCGCCUUGAUGCUAUCACAAUGACGUGGACCCUGAUCAAUGCAAAGGUGAGUCAGCAACAUACCCAGAUGCUGGAGCUACAUUAG